UGCUCACAGGUAAGAGCGUCCCACUUUUCGCAGUGGCAAGUGAAUCAGUAGCAACUGGGAAAAUGGACAUGGCUGGUCAAACCAACGCGGCUCUCGAUAUCGACGAGGAGGUCGAAAUGGACCAGCAACUAGCAGAGACUCUACCGGCCAAGAAAACCGAUUUAAUCACUCGAGUUGUUGCUAGUCGACACGCGUUACUCUACUCGGUCGACGACGUUCCACCCUGGCAUCUUAGUUGUCUUUUAGGAUUUCAGCACUACUUGAUGAUGUUUGGGGGGACAAUAUCUGUGCCCUUCAUCUUGACUCCAGCCUUGUGCAUCGAAGAGAACGACCCCGUUCGCAGUGCCAUCGUCUCCACCAUCAUUUUCGUCUCGGGAAUUAUCACCCUGCUGCAAUGCACUCUGGGAGUCAGGUUGCCGAUAGUUCAAGGGGGGACGUUCGCUUUCUUGGUGCCCACAUUCGCCAUCCUCAAUCUGCCGGAAUGGAAGUGCCCGGCGCCGGGAGUCAUGGCCAACAUGACGUACGAGGAUAAAACCGAAUUGUGGCAAUUGAGAAUGAGGGAAGUUCAAGGCGCAAUUGUUGUCGCUUCAGUCUUUCAAUUCGCCAUAGGAGUCUUCGGGAUUGUUGGAUUGAUCCUGCGAUUCAUUACUCCAUUAACUAUCGCUCCUGCUAUUGUUAUGGUCGGGCUGUCUCUAUUCGGAGCGGCGGGAAACAUGGCCGGCAAACACUGGGGCAUUUCUGGACUGACAAUCUUUUUGGUCAUCGUCUUCUCUCAAUACCUUAAAAACGUCAAAUGUCCUUUGCCAACAUUCCGCAAGGGGCAAGGAUGGGGCGUGAAAAAACUCGACAUCUUCACUUUACUACCGGUUCUACUGAGCAUCGUUCUAGUUUGGACAUUGUGCGCUAUCCUGACCGUAAGCGAUGCUUUUCAGACAGGAUCGCCAGCCAGAACCGACAAUAAAAUCAACAUUCUCUACGAGGCCCCCUGGUUCCGGUUUCCCUAUCCAUGCCAAUGGGGUCUGCCGACAGUGAGCGUAGCGGCCGUGUUCGGGAUGUUGGCGGGAGUUUUGGCUUCGGCCAUCGAGAGCAUCGGAGAUUAUUACGCUUGCGCAAGAUUGGCAGGUGCACGACCACCACCGGUUCACGCAAUGAACCGAGGCAUCGCCAUCGAAGGACUCGGCUGCAUUUUGGCCGGCCUGUGGGGAUCUGGAAAUGGAACGACCAGCUACUCGGAAAACAUUGGAGCCAUCGGCGUCACCAAAGUGGGAAGUCGGAGAGUGAUUCAAGCGGCCGCAUUAAUGAUGAUGGUCUUUGGUGUCUUGUCGAAAUUUGGAGCCCUUUUUAUUACCAUCCCAGAGCCAAUCAUCGGUGGCAUAUUCUGCGUCCUGUUUGGAAUGAUUGCAGCCACUGGUUUGGCCAAUUUACAAUUUAUCGACCUCAACUCGUCAAGAAAUUUGCUCGUUCUCGGCUUCUCCAUCUUUUUCUCUCUGGUCCUAUCUCAAUGGAUGAAAGCCAAUCCUGGUGCCAUCAACAGUGGGUCACAAAUCUUUGAUCAGAUUGUUACAGUUUUGAUGAGCACCAGCAUGUUCACAGCAGGUGUUCUGGGUUUCUUUUUAGACAACACCAUUCCAGGAACUGACGAAGAAAGAGGACUGACUAAGUGGCUGGCCCAUCCUGAUCCUAAUACAAAAAGCAGCAAUGAAGAAUCUGCACAUGAACGGGAGUUGCCUCAGUGCACUUAUGACAUCCCUCUCAUCACUCCUUGGUUGAAAAGACAAGAAUGGGCAGCUUACUUGCCUUUCCUGCCAUCCUAUCGACCAGAAGUUUGGAGUGGGAAGACAAAGAGCUGGUGGAGAAGGGAGAACAAGUGCGAAGAUAAGCCAAAUGGUAAAACGGCUGCAAUUCAGAUGUCCUCUGUGGAGUGAUGACUGGCU